AUGUCAUCUGUUCUGGAGAAAGGACCCAAGUAUGGACUUCAGCCGCAACUGCCACCGCAUGAGCUGUUUGCCAUCAGUCGACGAAUCGCCAGCAAGGCCGAAUCGGAGGAACAAGAGACCUGCCUUCUGGAAGGCGUUAACUGCCUUCUCAAGUCCUGCGACGAGUGGCGUUCACGUCAAAAGGAAACUUCAACUGGAGCCAUUGUGACCUACUUCAGAAACAACCAUCUAAGGCUCUUACAAGUCGAUAAGGAGGGAGGUAUUGAGCGAGUGACCUGGUUGCUUGCGCAGCUGAACGGUACGACACACGCGGGCCGCAUCCGCACGAGUUGGGGCGGCGUUGGUCGCAACGUGGCCGACUGCCUCACCCGCCUUCUAGGAUGCACGGUGCGCCUGGUGUCCGCCGUGGGCGUCGACCGGCACGGAGAGGCGCUCCUUCAGCACAACCGGCUACUGGACACCAGCGGCGUGGUUCGUGUGGAGGGUGCCCCUACGGCCUCGUACUGCACGGUGUUGGACGACAGGGGAGACUGCCUGUUUGGCGUCGGCGACAUGGACGCCCACCGCCACAUAUCCCCGGAACUGAUCCGGCAAAACGAAGAGCACAUCGCAUGCGCUCCUGUGGUCGUCAUCGACGGCAAUCUGCCCGACGAAACCAUCAGCUACGUCCUCCGACUGUGCGGCCAGCGGCAGGUACCGGCGUUUUUCGAGCCAACCGAUGUGCGCAAGGCCGUCAAGCCAUUCCUGUCAGACGCCUGGCGCCAUCUGUCCAUCGUAUCACCAAACCUUGCAGAGCUGAGAGCCAUGCACGCCGCCCUGGGGAAAGUAUUGGGAACCAGUCCUACCAUAGACGGGCCUGCCGCCUCAACGGUGGCUGUGGACCCAGUGAAGGAAGGUGCCUUGCUGGGUAGCUGGCUUGCUCGUCACAUUCCGGUCGUGCUCGUCACCUUGGGAGUUCACGGCGCCCUGCUCAUCGAGUGCACACCUUCGGGGACGACUAAGGAAGCGGCUGGUCACCAGGGAUCCGUCAAGGUGCUUCACUAUCCAGCCUCCAAGGUCGAGACAGUGCAGAGUGUCUCAGGAGCAGGAGACUGCCUUGCUGGAGGAUUCUUGUGUGGCCUGCUUCUUGGGCUUCCUUGGGACCGGUGCAUGGGGAUCGGCAUGGCGGCUGCGCGCAGGUCUCUGAUGUCAUCGGACACAGUUCCCAACACGUUGGGCACGGACUGCCUUGGCGCUGUCUCCACGUCUCGUCCAAUAGAUGUCGAACCAACCCGGGGGUAGUGCAAUAAAGUAUUUGCGUUCUUAA